AUGCCCGGCGUUCCGUCAAGUCGAGGCUGCGAGGCCUGUCGGAAGCGAAAGAAGAGGUGCGACUUGGCUCGGCCAUCAUGCUCUCGAUGUACCCGCUUAAAAAUUCCUUGCGUCGGGUCCGGUCAGCAACGAUUCAAGUUUCAGCCAACUGUCACAACAGCCGGAUCCGAGGGAACUCUGGUAGGGCUGACGGCACCGGCCAGCUAUUCAUCGCCAGCUGCAAGUACAGUGGUGUUGGCUCUGGACGAGCCCUCAAGACCGCUAUACAAUGAAGUUACCGUUGCUUGCGGAGCGUUUGUAUCGACUCUUGUCGUAUCAGAUCCCAGAUAUGAUGUGAGCAACCUGGGCGGGUUCCUGGAGCACAUUCCUCAGAGGCUAGGGAGAAAUAAAGCUCUCGACCUUUGCGCCAGAGCAUUUACAGGAGCAAUGGCUAGUGCGAGAAGUGGCAAGAUUUCCGUGCAGGCUCUAACGGACUAUGGCAAUGGAAUGAAAGCCUUGAGAUCAUCCCUAAUGAAUCCGGAGACCGCAAAAACUGUAGAGACUCUGGUCGCCACGUAUCUGUUGAACUUGUGCCAAGCAUACCUCGGAGACACAGACGAUCACUACGGCAUUCAUAUGCACGGACUGGCAUCGCUGGUGGAACAGGCCUCGCUUCAAGAAUGGGGGGAUCCUUUCCAUGGGGAGGUGUUGGUAUCCGCAGCAUUUGGCAUUGUGCUGGCAAGUAUUUCCGAGCCCACGCUCAAGUUGUCACCAGCAAUAAUAGACGCCUCCAAACGAGCGUAUGGUCCCGACCCGGAUCCUUUGUUUAUCCAAGGCGUAGAAACGACAAGUCUACGGCUAGAAAACCUAUUUCGCUUUCCAGUGUUUGCUCAAGAACCGGAACUACACAUUCCCGAGAUGCAGUCCGCCUACCAAACAAUGAUAUUGGAAUCGCGGCGUGUAGCGAACUUCGUCAACGACUUCAUCGAUGCGAUGGACACAGAAGAUUCCCAGCUGCUAACCAUAGGGGCUCCUGUUCAGCUUCUCAAAACCUAUUUUGCGUACGAAGGUGUCAACAUGAUCAUGCUGACACUCGUGUUUAUGCUCAACAAGAUUCUCCGACUAGCUGAGCCCAAAAACUUUGACCUGCUUGAGGACGCUGACUUUUUAUCUGGAGAAUGCCUCAGGGCCGCAAAACGAUCAUACAAGUUUAAGCCACUGGGCGCUUCACUUACGCCGCUCGCCUUGGGAGUAACAUGGGCAUCUACAGCAGAUGCGGCGAGGAGAACAGAGGCCGCAAAACUGCUUGAUGAAUUCAAGGAUGAUUUACUGGGGUCCAAGUUUGUCAAGCUGGCCGUACAAUUGGAAGCAAGAUAUCGACAUGUCGGGAAGAUUCUUUGGACUGCAUCUGACGACGAGUCAGAAUUGAGUGAGAGCCACGUCGAUUCAAGCAUCGAGUAUGCAUCUCCCGCAUGGAGAAAGGCAUCAACGAGAAGUGGCAGCGACCCAGCCGGAUGUCGAGUUAUGUAG